AGACAUUCAAAUGGUAGGUCUAUACCUGCGUUCGUCUGACUCUGGGUAAGUAGAAAAACGACGUAAACAAAUAUAGUAGGCGACAGUAUGAAGUUUGGCAUAAACUGCUUCUCCAAUAGAAAUCCCACUUCUGAUACCAGUGUACCGAACGGCGGGAAGGGAAGAGAAAGGCAAACACACCCUGGUGCAUUCCUGGGUUGAGAGGCAAACACCCUCGCGGUAAUAGGGUUAAAUCACUCGGUCGGAAUUGUAACAUGGCUCAUAUACUGGAGGAUCGCUACAAAAUGUUCUAUCUUUGCCGUUAAUAAAUUGACAAAAGACCCAACGACGUUUGUAAAGCGUUUUUUGGGGGGGCACGCGUUGAUGAAUAUUUGCAAUCCCACUCCACUGUCUUUUCCCCGGUGAACAGCAGUCAUUUAUUUUGUAGCCUAAAAUAUCAACGUAAUUGAGGCCACUUUAACAGGGUUUAUUAGGCUACACAUGCUCAGGCUAUGUAAGUCAAUUUACCCCCACCCCAUUAUAUUACAGUGUAACCAGCCAGCAACAGCAGAGACAGAAAUCCCUGAAUCGUGGUAGAUUUGCCAAAAUUGAUGCGAUUGCGAUUCGGUAAAGGAAGGGUGGGAGACGUCUGAGCGGGGAGGAUCCCCCCAAGCGCAUAAUCUGGCAGCACUUGGAAUUGUACAUUUUUGUGAUCGGAUGAUCGUUGUGGCUACAUUUGAUUUCGUUACAAAUUUAUUUUCUCUCUUCCAUUUGGCUUCAUUUUUCUAUUGGGUAGCAGGCCUAUAAUGUAGUCUAUAGCCUUACUUGCUUGCGUCCAGUUCCAACCUUACUGCGCAAAACAGAUGCCUUAUUAGGGCAAGGCCUACUUCAGCUAAAUUAACUGAUCUUCCAGGUUUUAUGAAUAUCUAUUUUGCAAUAUUUGCCUUUAUGGCACCUGUUGUUAUUGUUAUGAUAACGGUAGGGGUAUCAUGUGUAAUUCAUCGAAGGAGGCACAGUCGGAUUGAACGCUCGCUUCAAUGAUGGACGCUCUGGCUAACGAUGAUGCAUGCAGACAAAUCUCCCCCUCACCCCUCCUUGUGGCGGGGCAGAAAUACCCCCCCCCCCUUCAGUUUCUAUCCUCUCCGGGAGCAUCGCUCCGAUAACCAUGGAAGAAACCUUCCUAUCAUGGCGGCUAGAUUCCAGGUGAAGGAUCACCGUCAGUCUCAGACACCAUGGCACAGCCCACACCCCUGGAAACCUCCCUGGGAGCCCUCAUCAUGACAUUCCACAAGCACGCUGGCUGUGGAGAUGCUGAGACCCUCAGCAAGAAAGAGCUAACCAACCUCAUCAAGGAGUUGCCCAACAUAACUGGGAAGGGUGGUCCUGACAUGGGUGAGCUGAUGACAAUGCUAGACCACGACGGUGAUGGCGCUGUGGACUUCAAGGAGUACAUCACCCUGAUUGAAUCCCUUGCCUGCAUGUGCAACUGCUUCCUGGAAGGGAAAAUUUAUCUUCUAUCUGCUUUCUGCAGUGUAUUGCAUUAGGCCUGCAUGUCACAUUAAUAAUGUCUCAUAUCUCAUUGAGUGAAUUGCAUACACGCCUUCCUCGGGUGUCCACGCGCAUGCCCGUAUGCACACAUAGACGCAAAGAGUUGCAUAACUCUGCAACAAUUAUAAGACUGAUCCUCAAAUACAUGCACCCAGGUGGAUUCUCUUGUCAGAAUUUGUCUCAAUUGGUAGUGCAUGGCGCUUGCUAUGCCAGGGUAGUGGGAUUGAUUCCGGGUACCAUCCGUACGUAAAAUAUAUGCAUGACUAAGUCGCUUUGGAUAAAAGCGUCUGCUAAAUUACAUAUAUUAUUAUAUAUUAAGCUAUUAAGAUCUAAGGAAUGCUGCUACACAGAGCAUGUGAGAUAGUAAACAGGAUGUGUAGGCUAUUUAUUUACUGUGUUGUGCAUGUACAGUAAUUCAAUCAGUCUGUUUGGAAUUAUUGAUAUGUUUUGUCUUUACUGCUAAUAAAUGGGGAAAAGACCCAACCAAAGAUUCA